AGACCAUGCUCUCUGGUGGUAUGCAGAAGAGAGAAGAGAAGGGAAAGGAAGCAUUGGAUGUAGACGUGGCUGUAAGUAAAUCCAUUCCUAUAGAAUCUGUGAUUGAUGAUGGUGGACACAACGGUGAUGGCGGCUUUCUCUCUCGCAUCUCCACUCUCCACCCUUCACCUCUCCAAUUUUAGGGCAUCUUCACCCCUUUUCUCGCUUCGUCCCUCCACCUCAUCCUCCUCCUCCUCCUUCCGUCGUCUUCUUAUUCUUUCUAACAACACUUUCAGCAAUCCUUGCCAUGUCAAUUCCUCCUUCACACACCCUUUUCAUUCAACAUCAACAUUCCUUAUGUCCACCGAGGAUUCCUUUGCUAGGUCCUCAUCUUCUUCUUCUUCCUGCAGCAGCAGCAGCAGCGAUGACAACCAUAGUUCCACAAUUGAAGACGACGACGACGACGAUGACGUAGUCGGUGCUGUUUUGGAUAAGGAUGAUUACGAUUCCUCUCCUCCUCCUUUGCCUGACCGAUGGGAUGUAUUGGGUCUUGGCCAAGCCAUGGUAGAUUUUUCGGGCAUGGUGGAUGAUGAGUUUCUGAUGAGAUUGGGUUUAGACAAAGGUACAAGAAAGGUCGUGAAUCAUGAGGAGAGGGGUAGAGUUCUUCAAGCAAUGGAUGGCUGCAGCUACAAGGCGGCUGCUGGCGGCUCUCUUUCUAAUACCCUAGUGGCAUUGGCUAGGCUUGGUGGUCACUCCAUUGGUGGACCUCCCUUGAAUGUAGCUAUGGCUGGUAGCAUUGGUGGUGAUCCAUUGGGUGGAUUUUACAGAACUAAACUAAGGCGUGCAAAUGUGAACUUUCUUUCUGCACCUGUGAAAGAUGGGACCACAGGGACAGUUAUAGUUCUGACAACCUCAGAUGCACAACGUACAAUGCUUGCAUAUCAGGGAACAUCAUCUUACAUUAACUAUGAUUCAAGUAUGGAGAGCAUAAUUUCCAAAACAAAUAUUCUUGUUGUUGAAGGGUAUUUAUUUGAAUUUCCAGACACAAUUAAAACAAUUAAGAAAAUUUGUCAAUUUGCUCGUGAUAGUGGUGCUUUGGUUGCUGUUACUGCCUCAGAUGUGACUUGCAUAGAGAGACAUUAUGAUGAUUUUUGGGAAAUCAUGGAAAACUAUGCGGACAUCAUAUUUGCAAAUAGCGAUGAAGCCCGAGCAUUUUGUCAUUUUUGUUCAGAAGAAAGUCCGAUAUCUUCCACACAAUAUUUAAGUCAUUUUGUCCCAUUAGUUUCGGUUACUGAUGGGCCCCGCGGGUCAUACAUUGGCAUAAAAGGAGAAGCUUUAUAUGUCCCUCCUUCACCUUGUGUCCCAGUGGACACAUGUGGGGCCGGGGAUGCGUAUGCCUCGGGCAUAUUGUACGGGUUAUUGAGGGGUGCAUCGGGUUUGAAGGGAAUGGGGACGUUGGCUGCCCGGGUUGCAGCCGUGGUGGUCGGGCAGCAGGGCACGCGGCUCAGGGUUCAGGAUGCGUCUCAGUUGGCUCAGUCGUUUGGGUUUGGUGUUGAGGGCUCGGUUCAGGCGGAUGUGGGUUCGGAUCAAAUUUCUAGUUUGUAGUGGAUUGUGGAUAGAUUGUUUUUAGAAAUUGUUUAUUAAUUAUAUAUUAUUUUUUAAAUUAAUUGAUGGGUUUGAAAUGGAUUAGAUUUGUUGAGAA